AUGCACCAAAAUGUCGGCACUCAUCACCCGCACGUCGAGAAGCUCGUCAACCAGCUCGUUUCGCAAAUCGCGCCCUUUUCCGGCCUCAUCCUCACCAUUGCGGCCUGCGUCGUCGCCGCCGUCCGCAUCUACCUCCUCGACGCCGUCGUCAUCCCCCGCGUCUACUCGCCCGCAGUCGUCAAGGACCUCAGCGCCGCCCAGCGCCGGAGCUUCGUCAACCAUCACGUAGCAGCCGGGUCCAAGAUAUUGCUCAUCCUCGUGACGGCCUACCCGCUGUUUGCCAUCCUCGUCGGCCACGGCGCGCCGCACACGCCCCUCGCUCCGGGCUCGUCGGCGACCUUGGGGGAUGUGCUGAUUGUCUCGUCGCAAAUCUUCACCGUCAUGUACGUCUUCGAGCUCUUCUACCGCGACACCAUCUCGCCCAUCGCCUUUGCCCACCACGUCGGCGCAAUCGUCGUUGCGCAGUCGGCCGUCGCCAUGAGCAUCAAUUUCGACCACGAAAGCGACGCCGUGUACGAGUUCAUUCUCUGCUUCAUCUGGGGCGAGUUCUUCCUCCUCUCUCCUGGCGAGACCCCUCCCCACCUCUGGGCGCGCGCCACUAACCUUUGCGGCGACAGGUCUCUUUGA